AUGUCAGUUGAAUGGCGGGAACGAGGGUUUGUCCCGGACUCCGAUGAAGAGGAAGAGUUCGAUUCUCUCAACACGAAUAAAGAGAAUAUUGGCGAUCAGAAUGAUGCUAUAGCAGAUGAUAUCGACUUGAAUUAUAUCUCUAUUCCGCCGUCAAUACCGAAAUCCGAAACUGAAGACAGCUCCAAGCAACAGCAUCGCGAACAUAGUCAGGAUGGAUCGACAGCGCCCUUGGAUGACGACCAGGAACGGGUUGACGCUGAACGAUAUGAGAAGGGCUCGCAGGAACUGGUUUCGAGUUCUACAACUCCAAACUCUCCAACUGUGACUCCCCUCCCGCAAGCGGGCACAGUUUCCAAUGAAAGCUCAAGAACAGCAACACCUAUUGCAACACCUGCGAAACGAGCACCAGGACCUCGCCGAUCCGCCAGGGCAAGUCGCGGAACUCCUUCGGUCGAAGAAGCCAACCAGAGCAAAGAUAUAUGGGAUAUUCCCAGCUCGCCUGCCCAGAGGACUAGGUCCUCUAAGAAAACACGAAGUCAAACGCCGACACCGAAAGAUACGCCCUCUGCGAAACCCCGCCGGACUCGGGAUAAUGCACAGGCUGAUACACCAUCAGCGUCGAUACGCCAUAUAGAUACGCCAUCACGAGACUCUUCGCCGGAUGAGUUGAUGGUCCUUGUGCCUUCACCACGGAAGCCGCUUGCCAACACACCCAGCAAUAGACCACACGAACCGAAUGAACCAGCCAGGUCGGAUGAUGAGUCUUCUUUAUCCUCGGCAAAAUCAAAUAUCUCUGUUCCGUCCCCAGGCCAUUCGCAGAUUGAGAAGGAUACUACAACUGAAGCAAAUGAGGAGGACAAUUUGGCUCAAAUUCUACCAGGCCUCGAAAUCCCCGAGGAGUUUCAGCAGCCAUCUUCUCAGCCAGAGCUUCCACAGGAGAAAACUGUUCAGCGAGGCGUGCAAGAUGAUAUCCAGAUCCAUAUACCAGAUCUUCAGCAGGAAUAUGGCCAGCGACCCACUCGAUCUCUUCGAACUCAUAAACCCGCACAGGUGAACCCUUAUACGUGGGAACUUGCGCAAUAUCAGAGACAAAUGAAAUCUGCAGGAUUGCGGUCCGUUAGAUUGCACGCCGAGCCGUCUCAGCCUCAGCCCGCUGAAAUCACGGACGAGAGCCAAGGGCUAGAUGCCUUCAAUCCAAAUGCUAUACGGUCAAGUCCUCCUGCAGAAGAGUAUCUUCCUGCGCCGAAGCCGAAACGAAGAAACGAAGCGGAAACGAAUACACCACGCACUCAAAACCAUGAGAAUCAUUCUCUAACCAUUAGACGGCGACAGUCCACCAAGCGAAGAAAGAGGUCUCGCUCUGGAGCCUGGCAUGAUGGUACACAUCUUGUCAGCAACGACCCACAGCCUCAUGUAUUCAUCAGUUCCACUCCCCCGGGAGUCCGCCGCAGCCCGGUGGCUUAUCUUCAGCGUCACGAACACCACGCGCUUCAGAAAUCUUUCGAUUUCCCCCCCGGCUUCACACCCCCUCCUACCACAACCCCGAACUUUGAUUCUUUGGACGUGACCCCACACAAUGAUGAACCCGCAAUCGUUGAUCAAGAAGAGUCGGCUGCUUCUUCAGAUGAGGUAGAAAACUCCGAUUCUUCUGGCCCAGAGCUAGAGACUGCGGAGGAACGUGAGAUCCGAAGACUGUCACGACAGACCCGGGGUGUUCUUCCGGCAUCGUGGCAUAGAAUCGAUGCACAGAAGCGGUCCCAAAACCAGAAAGCCUUACAGGCAAGCCGCCAUGCUGCUCAGCGAGAAAACACAAAGGGUGUUGCUAAGAAAGUGUUACGAAGAAGUGGGCAACCUGUACGCCCAAGCCAAAUGAAUUUCGGAGAUGACGAAAGUGAUGAAGAACCCCAGAGCACGCGAACCCCGCAAUUAAACGAAGUGAAUGCGGGUGAAGCACUCAACAGAAUUGUUGGGUUCGAAAAUCCCUUCGGUGAAGCUGAAGAGGACGACAACUUUGAGGAUAACCGUGUUGAUUACAUGCUUCCGCCCACAAGUCGCGCCAAGCGCAGCAGUCUCAAACGCGCUCAUCCUAAAGAAAGCUCGAGUGCGAAAGAGAGAAGAUUGAAGAAAUCUCGACUUCAGAAGCAAACAAGAAUCACUGAUUCUUCCUAUGGGAGCCGACGAACCAAACGACCGUCCACAAAAUCAAAAUCAGCACCCCGGCUGGGAAUUUUGGAUGCUCCUGAUGUUGCCAAUCAGCCUCAUAAAGAACAACCACAGUUUUUGAGAGUUGCAGCGAGGCGAGCUCGCUCGCGUCAAGACGGAGGCAGACACAGUCCGACUCGAAAAUUCCUGCAACUGGGCUCGAAACGUGACACGGCCGAUGCAAAUGAGUCCCUCGGGGCAUGGAGACGAGGAGCAAUUCCGCAGACCAAGAUCCAGCGGCCUCGACCGAAGCCUCGCAAAACACCGACAGCCGCGAGGCUUUCAAGUAACCGCCAUCGGGAUCCAGCAUCUUCUCGCACCAUUUCCCUGUUAUGGAGACUGGAGACCCUCUCCGGCAUCGACAAUGAUUCUACGCAUGGGCAACUGGCAGGUGGAGCCAACUCUCUUCCGGUGGAAGCAUCCAACAGCGAUACGGCACAAGCGCGAUCUAUGCAUGCAGAAAAACGAGGGCACCAGUGGAUGAUCCAACGGAAUAAUGCAAUCUCAUCUUUGCGACGAAACAGCGCCCGCCCUGCCGUCGGAAGUCUGACAGAGCGCAGUGCAGGCCAGCCAGCAUCUCGAGCAAUGUUCCGACAAACACUGACUGUGCUCAACCGAGAUUAUCGGCAUAGAAAUUCAUCUUCAUCUCGGACCUUUAAGCCAAGCUUAACCCUCGACCGCUACAUUUCAGAUGUUGGACCAGCACAGCUGCCACCCACAGUCGUUCCCCACCACACCCCUCUCACAGAACCGGUUGAAGUUCAGCAAAGUCGCCGUCGCUUGAAAAAGCGCCCGCCCAACCGUGUCAAUCUUACCUUGGAUGAGUUCUUGCAGGAUGCAGAACAAACGACACCAAUUUCUGGUGAGCUGGAUGUUUUCGCCUCAACCGGUUCCGAACCAUUGCGUACCUCCACUUUCAACGUGGGAGGUGGCAUGUUCAAUUGGCAGCGUUCAUAUCCACUAGACUUUGGGGCAUUGCCGCUGCGUAGUGGCACCUUUUUCCACGAGUCCACAUUUAUAGGGUGUGGGGAAUUUGCACGAUCAGUACAGAUUCUCAAGCGGGACUUGGAUCGAGAUGCAGGGGUUUGUUCCAUACCGUUCAAAGACCAGACCUUCCGAUGGGGAGCAUGGAGUGAUAAAGUAUCCUCUGAAAUGGGCGUCGCAUUCGAUUCUAUUGUGGGGGAUGUCGAAUCACUCGGUUACUCAGUUUCUGAAGCAACCCCAUCAUCACAGCUGGCGUUGUCAUCUCUCACAUUGCGAGCAUUAAUUUCCUAUGUCUCCGAUCAUUUGACGUUCGCCGAUCCUAUCGACCGCACUGGCUUCCUUAGUCGAUCCCUGUCGUUAGCUGUCAAGCUAAGAGACCCAAUUGCUUCGACUCUUGCAGCAAGCAAUGUCGAUGAUAAGAAUAUCGCCAGCAUCGCUUGCUAUAACAUGGUAUUCGCAAACCAGAUUCGGCAGGUCGCAACCCAUGAACUCGUCAGCCCUUCUCUCAACAAGGAAGCACUGGAUCUGGUCAGGCUUUGUGUUAAGGACACAAUCAGAUCAAUUCUAAGUCAAGCCGGGAGAGCCGAAAUCAAGCGUCUACUGGAGGAAAAUGAAGACGACCACGGACGUGAAAUGGGGAUUCGAGAGGAAUUCCCAUCUGCAGAAGCAUGUGUCAUCGUCGAUCAACUUUUGCGCUCUUCGGAUGUAUUCGGUGGGGUGCUCGAGGACCACGAGGUCGAGGCCUAUACCGAGGGCAUCAUUCGCAAUAGAAAUGAUAUCGGGAAUCUGGAGAUCGCGUGGCGUAGCUUGUUUAUGAACUUGCCCCUCCACGAUAUUGACAAACAUGGCAUCGCCCGUCGAGAACUUCGGUUCAAAGUGAAACAUGACAACUGGAUUCUCGUCAAAAAGCUCCUCUCCCCGGUAUUCGAAAGCUACGACAUUCAUUCUGCGACCCAGACGAUAUCGUACAACGCUUACUGCCGGACACUUUUUCAAAGAUGUCACCGUCUGAUCAACUCCUGGGGCUGGAGAGACUGCAAACCCAUCCUUGACACUCUCUAUGACUUCUUCGCCCAGAAAACUCUCUAUAAUCUGAAAUUCGAAGAAAGCCGUGGAUCACCUUCUUUCCUCGAUGAACUUGACCAAAAUCCUUCUCUAGAAAUCCGAGUUGGAGAACCGACAUUUCACACUCUACUGAAGAUCAUCGCAAGUGGGCUGCGCUUUUUGUCUAAGCGCUACGACAAUAAGAAAAUUCGAAACUUCGCCUGGCGCCUCCUACCUAAUCACGGACGCAUGUACCCGAAAGAAGACUCUCUCCGCCACGAGGAUCUCGAUGCAUUGAGGAACCACCAUGACCUUCUCUGUACCUUAUACUGGGUUGUCCCUGAUGGUUACCGACCCCGAUUGGAAACUAUCAGAGACCUCGUCAAUCCGGCAACUUCCCACCGCGAAACAUGCGGUAUCAACCUACGAUCCUGGACGAGACUUGUUCGAUUCAAGUUGUCUACCGACGAGGAAGUUUCGGGCCUAGACCCAUUUGCCGAUUGGCACAGCCAUUUCGUCAACGAGCUUCGGAAGCAGCAUAUCCUUGCCAGGAACGAGAUUGAAGCUCAGCGCAAAGAAGGGGAGUGGAUCACCGAACAGCUCAUCGAAACUACCAUUUCUGAAAACCAACGACAAAUUGAAAGUUUGCUGAGCAUGGCACUCAGUGGCUUGCUUACUGCUGUUGAGCGGGCGCCAACGUUGGACCAUGCACACCGACUGAUCUUGAAAACCCCCUUCGAGGCCUUGCUGUCAUUAUUUAAUCCGAAGAUCUCGCGAGUCAACGUUGUUGUAUCCGAGGCUCUUGCAGUGAUUACGGCGUACACUCGGAAAGAUGGUAAUGGUUCAUCGCUUGCAAAUGAUUUUUCGGUGCCAACGGCGCUUCCAGCUCCAGAAGACGAUAGCCAAGAAUAUGGAGAUUGGGAUGACAUCGAUGCUGUUAUGGUCGAUCAAACAAUUCUCAGCGAAGGGAUUGAAUAUGUUCAGUCUGAUCUUCAUCCCAUCGUCUUUCGCCUGGUCUCCAACUGCUUUGGAGAAGACCGUUGCCCAGAUGAUGGGAUCCUUUUAAGUACUGUGGAAUGCUGGACGUCAGUUGCUCAGGUAUUGGUACGUCAUGGCCUCAAGCGCUGGGAGGAUUAUCUCGAUCCUCACGGUGAUAUGUCCUGGGAAAGACUUCGCGAGACGGUUCAAACCCGCAAAUUCUCUUCCCAAUUUCUCGCUGCUUGCAUUGAAAAGAAUUCUCGAAUACUCUCUGACUGCCGGAUGCUUGUUAUGGGGAUGUGGAUCACAUCAUUGAUGGAGCGAUCUUCCCUACUGAAAUUCCAGCAUCGCUUGACAGAAGCUCUGCUUAAUGGUCUUCCGGAUGAUCCGCUACUUCAAAACCUUCCUUUUUACAAGGAAAAGAAGGCUGAUCGAUAUCAGCUAACGAUUGAAGAGCUCUCUCAACGUCGCAUCUCGCUUAUAUCUAGCGUCCUGUCGAAUAUGCGCGAACAUGUUCUGGGGAUGGAAUCCUCAGCUGAUCGGAAUCUCUCUGUCACAAAAAGAGAAUACUCGGAAAUUCUUGAGAAAAUGAUGAGUGCGAUGAAGAAGAACUAUCGUGAGCUCGGCAAUGGGGCCGUGGAAGCCGCCCGGGGUGCCUAUGUCGACUUUGUCCACCGGAUCAUCCGAUUCCUUCAAGAACUUACAAACGACAUCAAAGCCGUGGAUCCCUUCUUCACGAACCCUGCGCUGUUCCCCCUGCCGUCCUCGGAUCCUCAAUACGUUGUUGCAAGGUUAAAGCGCUACGAACCCAAGCUCUCUUCCCAACAGGGCCUUCAGGCACUGAUCAUGUUUACUCAAGGCAUUGUUGAACGUGCCGUUCUGGAGGGCCAACAGGAUCAUCUCACCGAGCAACUGCACGCAGCUAUGGCGAACACAUACGAGGCUGGCGACUCCGACAAACCCACACUCCGAGCUAUCCUUCUACAAUGCAUUUUCCCUGACUACAUUGAACUCGCGUUCAGUGCUCGUCCCGCCUGGCUCUUAAGUCGAUCCAUAAUCCGGAGCAUGACACUUGUUUUCAAGGAGUUGCUGUUUGUUAUGGACGCCACGGACUCGAGAUGCGUUUCCUCCGUGCUUGGAAUCUUCGAUGCGGUCUUUUGCUCUGCGUAUCGCGCUUUGCAGCCGCUUUCACAUCGCCCGACUGUUUUACAGAAUACAUGUACUCUCGUGAUGCUCACUGCUUUCGUUGAAAUGGUAUCGUCGACUCUUGUCGUGGUGGACUACAUCGACCGCUUGACUGGUAUUUCUGAAGAAACUGUGUCAUAUAUCCAGUGGUUCCGGGACUUUGCCGCCAGUGUGCUCGGCCAUGUGAACGAUGCCAGCGGCGCGGGUGCGAUGUCGGAAAUGGCGAUUCGGACAGACUUGGGCCUGCAGCCCUUGGGAACAUCCCCAAGCUUACCGUCGCAUCUCGUUGCGACCCGCACAAUUGCUUUCGAGGAGCAUCAGUCUUGUCUUAAAAACUGGUCCGAGCAUGGUGGUAGGUACUACCACACUCGAAGCGGACAUGACUCAAAGGAAGCUGUCCUUGAACCUCAAAUUCAGUUCCUCGUUGAAAGUGACACGGAAGCCAGGAAAUCACUGGGUGCUGCUGUGGGCGAGUUCCUGAACCGAAUCGAUCAGCUUGAUUUUUUCCCAGAUGAGCGGGAAGAGUGA